CGCUCUUUUCCCAUCGCCACAGUUGCCGAUUCGUCAGUGGCUUGACAAGUAUCAGUUUCAACAGACACAAGAGCAAGUCGUUCAGACACCAUAAAUCAUCGAGGAUGGCACUCGCUUCUGCUGCUGCCGAUAACGAUCUAGCAUCCGUGUCGAAUUUUGUUAGGUCGGUCAAGCAACGCGUCGUGGGUAUCAAUUCAUCCUGUGAUGCGACAACAGUGGGACUCCCCCAUCUAGUCAUCGGAAACGAGGCCGGCGAUGCAGAUAGUAUACUCAGCGCAAUCGGACUUUCUUUUGUYAGGGCAUUGAGAAAUUCGAUUGAUAGCGGGAGUAAGAACGGAGAGCUUAUUGUGCCGAUUGUCUCGAUUCCCGCCGAUACCCUAAAAUUUCUUAGACCGGAAACGACCUUUUUGUUGUUAAAUUGCGCGGGAGUGGACAACUUGAAGGAUGACGURAAUGAUCUGAUCGCCAUAGAUCAAAUCGAUUUSCUUCCGAAGAAAGCCACCUUGACCCUGGUAGACCACAAUUUCUUUCGGGGAAAGGAAGCCCAUGAUUGGACUGUAACAGAGAUCGUGGAUCAUCAUCUGGACGAGGGAAAACACAUGGAAACGUGUCCGCCAUCGAACCGAAAUAUUCCAUUUCGGGAUGCCCAAGCACUUGUCGCUAGUACCACAACUCUAGUCGCGGAGGAAUUCUACGCCUCUUCUGGCAUCGGAAAAAUGCCUCCAAGUCUGGCGAUCCUCUUACUUGGAACAAUAUUGCURGACUCCGUCAAUAUGUCUCCAAAAGCGGGGAAGGGAACUCCGCGUGACGCAGCAAUGAUUAAUAAACUUCUGAGUGAGACCGACUGGUCGCAGAUCUCUCUGCCAGAUGAAAUACUGAAAAUUGAUGACGAUGGACAGAAAGUCGAAACUCCAGAUACUACGAAGCUUUUCGAUGAGCUUCAAAAUGCGAAGUUUUCUCCCAAAUUUUGGAAUGGAUUGACGGCGGAACAGGCCAUACGAAUGGAUUUUAAGUCGUUUUCUAUUCCUGGGGAAACACCGACUUCGUCUCCAUCUUCGCUAGGACUUGCUUCUAUAUUGUUGGAAAUGAAUCAUUAUUUCGAUCUUCACGGAGACUCUUUGGUAGAAACUCUGCCUCGGGUAAUGUUGGAAGAUCAAUCCGAACUAUUCGGUCUGAUGUUUUGCACCUUCGGCGCUCAGCGAAGACGUCAAUUAGCACUGGCGUCAUAUGACAAGCCAACCUUCGACUGCCUAAUAGAUCAUUUGACGGUCGACAGCACCACAUCUCCCGAUCUGGAAUUGGAAGUGUUGAAAAGGGAAGAGGUCAAAGCAGCUGGAAAAGAGAAAACUCUUUUCAUAGUUCGAAUGGAACAGCACAAUCUGAAAGCAAGCCGCAAGCAAGUUGCCCCGAUUCUCAAAGAGUUCUUCGAAAAUCGUCGGUGACUGUGAAAGUAUUUCGUGGGAACAUAAAUUUCGUCAAAGGUU